UUUUGAUAAAACGCCAAGUUACAUUCAAUAAUAUAUAAACCAAGCUGCACUAGUUUGAUGACAAAUUAUUAGUAAUAUAGUAAUACAACAAAGUGAGGUACAAGGAUAUCUGAAUUAUGGGUGAAAACGAUUUAUUUACAAUCAAGAAAAAUGAAAAAGUUGGACGAUUUGCAGUUGCAAAGGAAAAUUUAAAGGCUGGCGACGUAAUCUUUUCAGAGAUACCUUUCGCAUAUGGCCCCAAGUCAGACAGUCCCGUAAUAUGCUUGGGUUGCUACAAUUAUCUAGAAACUAUAAACCUUUGUUCAAAAUGUUCCUGGCCAGUUUGCAAUACAAACUGUCAAAACAAAUCCGCUCACAAGGACUUUGAAUGCGAAGUAUUCUCCAAAGCAGGCGUUAAAUUUCAAACGGUUGAAGAUCCAUCUGAAGUUUGUCUACAAUACGAAUGUAUCACACCUUUGAGAGUUCUAUUGGCUACAGAGAAGAACCCUUCUCGAUGGAACGAAGAAAUUCAACACAUGGAAGCACAUAACGACAUCAGGAAACAAAAACCCAUUUGGGAGUUCAAUCAACACAACGUUGUCGAAUAUCUUAGAUCGGCUUGUAAGCUAGACAGAUUUUCAGAAGAAUUAAUACACACUGUAUGCGGCAUUUUGGAAAUAAACGCUUUCGAAGCCAGGACUCCAGAAGGAUAUUCGAUCAGAUGUCUGUAUCCCAAAUUGGCUAUAAUGUCGCAUAAUUGUGUUUCAAAUAUACAUCAUGCCAUUGAUUGUAAAGGAAGCGGAGAUGCUGAUGAUUACAGUGUAAAUGUGAGAGCUGCGGUUGAUGUUGAAGCUGGUGGAGAACUCCAUAGCAGCUAUACCUACUCCCUCUGGCCUACGUUAGUUAGAAGGGAAUUCCUUAGGGAAAGCAAAUAUUUCGAUUGCACAUGCGAAAGAUGUAGCGAUAAAACGGAAUUAGGAACUCAAUGUGGCACGCUGAAAUGCCAGAAAUGUGACAAUGGAAUUAUUUUAUCCACUGAUCCAUUAGAUGACAAAUGCGAAUGGAAAUGUACCCAUUGUGAAUACAAAACAAACGCUGUAGCCAUCAGAAAAGUUUUUGCUGCAAUCCAAACAGAUCUGGAUGGAGUUGAAUAUACUUUUGGUCCAGAAGGUAUAGAGGCGCGUGAAACCCUUUACAAAAAAUAUAAAUCUGUGCUUCAUCCCAAAAAUUCAUACAUGACAAUUUUGAGAAGCGGACUGGUUCAACUGUAUGGUAAAGCCGAAGGAUACGCAUUAAGCGAUUUACCAGAUUUAAUUUUAGAAAGAAAAGUUGAGCUAUGCAAUCAGCUAUUAGAAGUUCUCGAUGUCAUCGAACCUGGAAAUUCCAGAAUAAGGGGAUUGAUACUGUUUGAACUACAUGGUCCCCUAAUGGUUUUGGCGAGACAUCAGUAUCAAAACGACGUGAUCGAUAAAGAAAAAUUUAAGAAAGAAUUGAGAAGGAUAAUUGACAUUUUGGGACAAUCCUUGAAGAUUUUAAAACAAGAACCACCUAGUUUACCGGAGGGUCAAUUGGCUUUAAUUGCAGAACAAGCCCAUGAGCAGUUGAUUCAAAAUUUUGAUGUAUUAAUUGAAACGGCGUAAAUUAAAUUACAUAAUUUUUGAACUUUUAUGUAAUCUUAAAAUAAAGUGGAUAACAUCUAAUAUA